GCGGAUGCCAGCGGCGACGGGGCGAUGGCGAGGAGCCGGGCGGCUUACGAGUACACGGAGGCGGAGGACAAAAGCAUGCGGCUGGGUUUCCUCCUCAUCGCCGCCGGUUUGCUCUCCCUGCUGGGUUUGGGUUGUUGCUGGCUUCGCCCGGCGCUGCAGGAGAGGGGAGGAGGCGGCUCCGCCAACUGCACGGUGCUGGCGGUGCGGCAGCUCGGGGAGCGCUUCGCCUGCACCUUCUCCUGCGGGGCUGCCUGCCGGGGAACCGCCCGCUACCCCUGUCUCCAGGUCCUGGUCCGCACCUCCCGCUCCUCCUCCCCUGCCCUGCUCCAUGAGGACGAGCGGCAGCUCCGCACCAACCCCAAGUGUUCGUACAUCCCGCCCUGCGCAAGAGACGAUCAGGAGAACUCUGAGAAUGUCACGUACAAGCAGAAAUACUGGAAAGAGAAAGUGGGUUCGCAACCAUUUACGUGCUAUUUUAACCAGCACUUGAGGCCAGAUGACGUGAUGCUGAAGCGCACCCAUGAUGAGACAGUCCUCUUGCACUGCUUCCUCUGGCCUCUGGUUACAUUCCUGGUCGGAGUCCUCAUCGUGGUCCUGACCAUCUGUGCCAAGAGCUUGGCUGUCAGGGCAGAGGCAAUAAAAAAGAAGAAGCAUUUGUAAAUGGCAAGGCUGCUGAUGGAAAAAAAACACCUGCAAGAAGGUCUCAAGUGGGGCAACUCAACACACCUGCAGGUCUGCGGGGCACCCAGCUGCGCCUCCUUCCAGUGUCUCAUCUGGCAGUGGAGUUGCUCUUGCCUCAGGAUUAUUCUUGGGGAAUGCCCCCAUGAAGCGUCAGCUAAUUGCUUCUUCUGCUAUGACAGUAAAUAAGUAUAUUCUACCAAAAAAAAAAAAAUCUACACUGCACCAAAUAUCCUGUGCGCUGUUAGUCCUGAGCAACAGCUACCCAG